AGAAAAGGUUUAUAUAAAGAUUCAGGAGUUCCCGGUUUUCUUGUGGUCUUGGAUUACUAGAAGGGAUGGUUACCUGUGGCUGAUAUGUAUUUAAACUAUAAUAAAAAAAAAUAUGUCUAAAUAUUAUUCGUUUUUAAAUAAUACAUGGGAGUGAAAGCUGGGUUUCCGGGCCGGAGGCCAAUUUUCUACAGGAAUGAAAAGGUUAACAUUCUGACUGUACCAGAGAUCUGUGGGUCUGACUUUUUUUGGCAGGGAAUGGGAUAGAAAGAGAGGUAGCCAGCAGUCAAGCUCUUACUUUCCAGAGACACCUUGGGCAGUCAUACCUCCCAAGCGUCCAGCCGUCUGAUUCCAGCACUCGCUACUGGACUGCAGCUGAGAUGUAUACCUCUGUCCUGAUCUCCUGUUUUGCUGUUGCUGCGAUUGCCACGACUCCUGAUUCCACAUCGGGAGAAGAGCGUUCCCCUGAGCCGCCAGACUGCUCCUCCUCCUGCUCCUGCUUCCACGAUGAGUACAGCUCGGAGCUACACGUGUACUGCAGCUCACACAACCUGUCCAGCAUCCCCUCUGACCUCCCACAGACCACACACUCCUUGUGGCUGGAUGGCAACAACUUCACCUCCCUCCCGGCCUCUGCUUUCCACAGCCUCUCUGCCUUGGACUUCCUGAACCUGCAGAACGGUCAGUUAUCCAGCUUGGAUCCGCAGUCCCUCCGCGGGCUCGGCUCCCUGUCCCACCUGCACUUGGAGCGCAACCGGCUGCGCUCUGCGCCCGCCAAUGUCUUUUACCACACGCCGAACCUGGCCUCGCUCGGUCUCCACAGCAACCAGAUAACUCGCAUCGAGGAGGGCCUUUUCUCUGGGCUGUCCAGCCUGUGGCUCCUCAAUCUGGCCUGGAACUCCCUAGCGGUGCUCCCAGAAACCAGCUUCCAGGACCUUCAGAGCCUCCGGGAGCUGAACCUGGCAGGGAACAGGCUGGCAUACCUGCAUCCACAUCUCUUCCAGGGGCUUGUCGAGCUCCAGGAGUUGGACCUCACUGGGAACUUCCUGAAAGUAAUAAAGGCCAACGUUUUCCACAAGCUGCAGAAGCUUCAGAAGCUCUACUUGAGCCAAAACCUGAUCCACAUGGUGGCUCCCCGCGCCUUUGUGGGCAUGAAGUCCCUCCGUUGGCUGGACCUUUCCAGCAACCGCCUGGUCGGACUCUACGAGGAGACCUUCUCCGGGUUGCCCAGCCUCCACGUUCUCCGGCUCUCCAACAACUCCAUCGCCGGCCUGCGCCUGAGGAUCUUCCGAGACCUCCCUUACCUGGAGGAGCUCCGGCUGAGCCACAACCGCAUUAAGAUGCUGGUGGAGCGGACCUUCGAUGGGCUCGGCCACCUAGAGGUCCUUGCCCUGGACCACAACCAUAUUCAGGAGGCGCGCCUCGGUUCCUUCCUCGGGCUCCCCCACCUGGCCGUGAUGAGCCUAACUGGCAGCUGCUUUCGGAGUCUUCCAGAGCAGGUCUUCAAGGGCUUGGCAAACCUGCACAGCCUCCACCUCGAUGGCAGCUGCCUCACCAGAAUACGACCCCAGACCUUCUCGGGGCUCACAGGCCUUCGCCGACUCUUCCUCCAGCACAACAGCAUCUCUGUGAUCGACGACCAGAGCUUUGUGGAGCUCCCUGGGCUUCAGGAGCUGGAUCUGAAGUUCAACAAGCUGGUUUCCACGUCCUCUCAAACCUUUGCUGGCUUGAAGAGCCUGGAGUACCUCCUGCUGUCUUCCAACCAGCUCCAGCGUCUCCCGGAAGAAGCUUUUGGCCCCCUGCAGCGGCUCUCCUGGCUAGAUCUUUCCUCCAAUAAACUGGAAUCCAUCCAGAACGGCACUUUGCUGCCCCUUUCCAGGCUGCGGCACCUCAACAUCAAGAGGAACGGCCUCCGCAGCUUCCCCGAUGGGAUCCCAGGGAAUAUGGAGCAGCUGUGGCUGGAUGGGAACCCUUGGCACUGCAACUGCGCUGCGCGGUCCCUCAGGGACUACAGUUUGAGCAAACCCCAGACUGUGCCCCGACUGGUGGAGACACUGGAGGAAGGAGAGGACAAGAUUGUGUACAAUAACAUCACCUGCGCCAGCCCCCCGAGCGCAGCCGGAAUCGACCUGCGGGAUAUCAGCAACGAGCAUUUCCAGGACUGCUAGCUUCACCCCCCCUCCGGGGAUGGGUUUAAUAAAGAUAACAAAGUUGUGUGUUAUCCCCCCCCCCCCUCCCCGUGUACAUCUAAUAUAAUCCACUCUCUGUCUCUAAGCAACCAACCAACCGCCUUUGAACAUACUGGAGUGUAGAUUAUCUGUUGUUAGCUAGCAGGAAAAGUGACAAUCGAAGUCAGGCACUGGUAGUGGAUAAUUGCACUAAUCUCGUGAUUUCAGAGCUGCAGCAGCCACACAGUAAUCAAACUAGCAAUGUUAGUAUUUUAAUUAGAUUCAGUUGUUUGAAUAAAAAGGAAAAUAAUUGAA